CAGGAGUUUGGAACUCUGACAAGAAUGACUGUUGGUGAAAAAAAUCCAAAUAAGCCAAAUAAAACCAUCUUACUUGUGGGUGAAACAGGAACGGGAAAAUCUACUCUGAUUAACGCUAUGGUUAACUACGUCAUGGGAGUGAAGUGGGAGGAUGAAGUCUGGUUUCAGAUUGUAGAGGAGGAGAAGAAAAGUCAGACAGAAAGUCAGACAUCAGAUGUGAUCGUGUAUGAAAUCUUUGGCUGUGAAACCAAGUACUCUCUGACAAUCAUUGAUACUCCUGGAUAUAAAGACACUAAAGGGCGUGAACAUGAUGACAUCACCAAUGACAGAUUAUUAGACUUAUUUAGUUCUAAUGAUGGAGUUCAUGAAAUUAGUGCGGUGUGUCUGGUGAUGAAGGCGAGUGUGAAUCGAGUGGGUGACGAUGUGAGAUACAUCUUUGAUCGAUUGAUGUCUCUGUUUGGAAAAAACCUGGAAAAAAACAUUGUAGUUCUCAUCACACACUCAGCUGGAAGAAAACCUCAAAAUGUUUUUGAAGCUCUUGAAGCUGUAAAAAUUAAAUGUGCCAGAAAUGAGACGAAUGAGCCAGUUUACUUCUUGUUUGAUAACUGUCAGCAUGAAGAGCGAACAAAGGACGAAGAAGAAGAACUGGAACAUGCUGCAAAAAUAUCAGAGGGUGGAAUGACAGGGUUCACACACUUUCUGGAAAUAACUGCAGAUAAUAAAAUGAUGGACAGUGUGGAUGUUAUGAAAGAACGAAUCAGACUGAAAGCCUGCCUCCAAAACCUGCUUGAAAGAAUCGACCACAUUGAAGGAAAACAGAAAGAAAUUAAAAAGUUACAAGAAGCUCUGGACAAAUAUAAGGAAGACAUGGAGAAAAAUGAGAAAUUCACUGAAAUGAAGGAUCUGGCAACAGAGAAGUCACAAUGGCUGGAAGAGUCCUACCACCAUGUUGUGAAACUGGAGCAGAUCGCUCUGAAAGCUGAUUCCGCAUCCACUAUUCACCACUUGGACAAGCUGAUUGAGAAGGUGAAGAAGAACGGGGACACAAGGACGACCCAGAAACUGGAGGAGAUGAGAAGCAGAGUGGAUGAAGAAACCAGAGCCGGGCUACAGUAG